AUGGUUGUACCUGCCACUCCGGAGCAGCUCUUACACGACCCAAAAGGCAUCGACCUGCUCAAAGGCUUAGAAUUUGUUGGCUGCGCCGGCGCUCCCUUGCCUGGCCCCAUAGGGGACCGUAUUUAUGGCAUUGUGAGGCUUCGUAUCUUCAUCGGAUCGACAGAGACAUUCCCUCUGCCCGAGCUCGCCAAGAGCCCCAAGGACUGGCAAUACCCUCCUGUUUUCCAUAACUUGCCCGGUGAGAAUCCGUUCUACACCAAGGAUCUCUUCACCCAGCACCCGACGAAACCGAACCUCUACAAGUACUACGGCCGUAAGGAUGAUAUCUUGGUUCUGGCCAAUGGCGAGAAGGUCAAUCCCAUUCCCCUGGAACAAUUGGUCCAGGCCGAUGCAUCUUUGAAGGGCGUCCUCCUCACGGGCAACGGUCGAACCCAGACGGUGUUGAUAAUCGAGCCCAAAGAUACCCUGGACGAUGCGGGUGGCACUCAACUGCUAGUCAAGCUCUGGCCGCGGAGCGAGCAGGCUAACGGCCAUGUGGCUGGUCCUGGACGUGUUUCUCGCGGCAUGGUCAUCUGUGCCACGCCUGAAAAGCCUUUUGCCAGCACCGGCAAGGGGACCAUUAUCCGCAAAUUGACACAAGAUGACUACCAAGAAGACAUCGAUCGUCUCUACGAGGGCUCAGCUGGGAAACAGCGUCUCGUCACUAUCAGUCUGAAGGCCAAACAGAAGACAGUCUACGAGGAUGCGGAUGUCAUCGCUUUCCUUCGACAAGUCCUGGCCAUCUCUUUCCCACCAGCCCCGACAAUAGCAGAGAAUGAGGAUUUCUUUGCUAGUGGUUUGGACUCCAUUCAAACAAUGGAAAUCACAGCCACUUUGAAGCACAACCUUCAAAACCUCACGGCAAACUCCGUGGCUUGGAUAGUUCCGCGAAUUAUCUACCAAAAUCCCACACUGACUCGUCUAUCCAAGGUCCUGGGCGUAUUCCUGAACGAUGGCAUAGCUUCUGGAGAAGACUCACUGGAAACCCGUGCUAGAACGCUGGAUGACACAGUCGCCCGCCACAUCAGGGACUUGCCCACGAAAUCAGCCAGUCAGCCUGCGGCAGUCUCCCACAGGCAGUCAGUUCAGAAAAUCGCCGUAAUUGGCUCGACUGGCUACAUUGGCAGUCACCUCGUCACUACUUUGCUGGACAACCCAAAUAAUUCUCACAUAUACUGCCUCAACCGCGGCAGUGCCGAAUCAGCCAGGGAGAAGGCACUCAGCAAGCUCGACGGGAGUUACGUGGAUCUCGGUGCCCCGCGACUGGGCCUGGCCGAAGAGAAAUAUCAAUUGAUCCUCAACGAGGUAGAUGUGGUGCUUUACAACGCAUGGCGACUGGACUUCGGACUUGCCCUUCACUCAUUCGAUCCAUUCCUCCGUGAGACUCGGGAUCUCAUCGACCUGUCCCUGUCAAGCUCGAAAAGACCGCCCAUAGUCUUCGUCAGCUCGACAUCUUCGGUGGCAGGCUUGGUCGGUGCCGGUCUGGCUUCGCUUCGUGUUGGGCAGGUCGGUGGUCUCAGCCACGGCGGAGGUGUCUGGGCCGAUCAGCCAUGGGUCUCGGCCAUCAUUCGCUCCUCGAAGACACUGGGGUCUUUCCCCAGCCCUGUCAUGCCCAUUGACUGGGUCCCGGUGGACACAGUUGCGACCACUCUCGAGCGCAUUGUCCUUCAGCCUGGUGAAGAUACGCAGGUACUCCAACUCUACAACGUUGUAUCUGAGGCACAGGCUUGGACAAUGCUGCUUGACGCCCUUGCCGAGAGUGACCGGCAAGCAAUGUCAAGGGUUGUGUCUCUGCCAGACUGGGUCAGCGAACUCCGCGGAUUGGCUGAAUCUGAUAGGACAGACGUCUCAGCAUUGCCUGCGGUGCGACUUGUUGACUUUUACACAACGUUGGGAAGUGGUAUUGAGGCCGCAGUCUAUGAAACGGCGCAUAGUAAAGCCAUCGCCAACCAGAACCUGGGACCCUUGGAGCGAGAGAUUCUAGCAUCUUGGCUGACGAAAUGGGAUCUGUAA